GUAAGUGCAGAGAUUUCAAUUUAUCUUCAAACUUAUAAAGGCCAUGUCGCAAGGACAAGAACUGGACAAGCUAGCCAUCAGGUUAGCAAACGCCGCGGUUCUUCCCAUGGUCAUGAAGUCAGCCAUCGAGCUCAACCUCAUAGACAUAAUCUCCGGCUCCGGUGACGGCGUUUUCCUCUCACGUUCCGACAUUGCAAGUCGGCUUCCCACCAAGAACCCCGAGGCACCCGUCUUGCUUGAUCGUAUGCUACGGCUCUUGGCCAGCCAUGAUAUACUCAAAUGCAAGGUUAGAACCGGAGAGAAUGGACAAGUUGAAAGAUUGUACGCUGCUGCACCCAUUUGCAAGUUCUUUGUUAAGAAUGAAGAUGGAGGGUCAGUUGCUAGUUUGUUGCAGUUGCACCACGACAAGGCCGCCAUGGAGGGCUGGCAUCACCUAAGUGAUAGUAUCCUAGAAGGUGGAACCCCCUUCAGUAGGGCAUAUGGACUGAGAUCUGCAUUUGAAUAUAUAGAAAGGGACCCAAACCAUGGCCAGUUCUUCAACAAAGCAAUGUCAGACUACACAACCUUGAUAAUGAAGAAGAUGGUUGAUGUUUACAAAGGAUUUCAAAAUGAAGGCCUCAAAGUGUUAGUAGAUGUGGGUGGUGGAAUUGGAGCUAAUCUUGGUACCAUCACUUCUAAGCAUCCUCACAUUAAAGGCAUUAAUUUUGAUUUGCCUCAUGUCGUAGCUCAUGCACCUCCAAUAACAGGUGUUGAGCAUGUUGGUGGAGAUAUGUUCAAAAAAGUUCCAAAAGGCGACGCCAUUUGCUUGAAGACGGUUCUACAUGAUUGGGGUGAUGAAGAUUGCGUGAAAAUUCUCAAAAAAUGCUUUGAAGCUCUUCCAAAGUCUGGGAAAGUAAUCAUUACAGAAUUGAUUGUUCCUGAGAUUCCUGAAAAUACUGUUUCAUCAAACAUUGCGUGCGAGCUAGAUCUGUUAAUGAUGGUUGUGCACCCAGGAGGAAGAGAGAGGACACUUAAAGAGUUUGAGGCAUUAGCUCUGAAAUCCGGAUUUUCCAAGUGUCAAGUCAUAUGCCCUGUAUACACCAGCUGGGUUUUGGAGUUCCGUAAAUGAGCACAUUCUGAAGCCUUCUCAACAAUGAAAACAAGGUGUUCUCUCUUUUUCUGGCUCAUGUUAAUGACCAGUAAUAAUAAAGGUUUGAAUUCCAGGGAGUUCAUUGUUAAGUAAUAAAAAUAAGAGAUUAAUCCCUGUGUCUGUG